UCAGGGAGACGGCUCCGGGUCACUUGGACCACCGUAAGUGUUUAACGUCACGCGAGAACGAGAGUUGUUGGAUGUGAUGGAGGAUAAUCAUAGAAGUCGGUGUCGUCAGUGUUUGGAAUUUAAUCACCUCACCAAAGAAAAGUGUUACAUGUUCCACACAUGGAUCCCAGCUGAAGUCUCCUCCGCAAGGUUUUAAGCUCGUGUUGCCCGCGCACGCGGUAUAGAAGGGCUGUUUUAGAAAACAUUGUCUUUAUUGGGCUGAAUUGGGAGUUUCACGAUCAUUCCCGUCCCGGAAACACUCUCUGUCUGACCCGUGGGAUUUGGACCUGACUUCGACUUGGAGCAGCCGCAGGGGGCGCUGCAGCCGCCCUCCCGUGUUUACAACCUUCACCACAGAAGAAGUGGGAAGGAGGAAGAAGCCGCGACGAUGGAGGACAGAGACGCGCCUGUCAAGUCCCUUCAGUCCGCCAUGAAAAUGGCCACAGAGGCGAUCCAGCUGGACGGAGGGAACCGGCACCAGGAGGCCUACUGCCAGUACCUGCGCACCGUCGCCUUCGUCUCACAGGUUCUGCUGCAGCAGGCGGAGACGGAAGCCUCACAGGAGCACCUCGCGGCCGUGGAGGUGGGGCGCAUGCUGCGGCUGGCGGAGCAGUGUUUGGAGAGGGCCAGGUCCUUCGUGGGGACACCAUCCGACCCCCGCCCUCGGACCAACCAACCGCAGCCCUCGCUGAGCAGCCAGGCAGCAGCUGCCGAGGAUCAUCUGGACUCCGUCUUGACCUUGAGUUGUGAGAUGAGAGGUCAGACUCAGCUCUGUCCCUCUGAUGACGUCACAGCUCCACCUCCUGAUGUCAGCACAUCACCUCCUGAUGACGUCACAGCUCCACCUCCUGAUGUCGCCACAGCUCCGCCUCCUGAUGUCACCACAUCACCUCCUGAUGACGUCAUAGCUCCACCUCCUGAUGUCACCACAUCACCUCCUGAUGACGUCAUAGCUCCACCUCCUGAUGUCACCACAUCACCUCCUGAUGACGUCACAGCUCUGCCUCCUGAUGAAGUCACUGCAUCACCUCCUGGUGAAGUCACAGCGCCCCCCACUGGCGUCCCGGUCCCACGGUUCAUCCCUCCAGAGGUCUUCCAGAGAUGGCAGACAGUGGCGUGGCAGGAUUCCGGCAGGAAGCUGCUGACCCCGAUCGAAGAAGCGUCCCGCCUGAACCAGAAGCUGAAGGCCAACUACGAAGCCCGGCUGGCCCGACUGUCGCCGGCUCAGUCCUACCAGAAGACGUCCCUGACGCUGUCCCUCCAGCGGCAGAUGAUGGAGAACCUCAUCAUCGCCAAGGCCAGACAAGACGCCCUGCAGAGGAAGAUGGAGGAGCGACGGCUGCGGCUGCAGGAGGAGGCCAACCGGAGGUUCUCGGCCUCCGGAGCCGUGACGGCCGAAGAGAAGGAGCAGAGAGCCGUGUACACCAACGUGCUGGAGUACGAGCAAGACCACGACUGGCCCAAAGUGUGGAAAGCAGACCUGAAGAAGAGCCCGAGCGACCCCGGCCUGGUGUCGGGCCUGGUGUCCUACCUGCUCAGCCGCUCCGAUCAUCCUGUGGUGAAGCUCCUCAAGAAGCACCAGUUCCGGAUCUACAACCGACUCUACCCCAUCGUCAGUCAAGUCCCGCCCAGAGCCCGUGGCAGCCUGGUGGCUCCAGAUACGCCGAGGUCGUCGGUGCGCUCGGGCGGCAGCGGAGCCCAGAGUCUCAGCAGCUCUUCUCUGUCGCUGUCUCAGGACUUCUGUGCAGACGUGGAGAAGAGGCUGCCCGCCGAGCGUGACAACUCCUUCGAAGACCUGGAGGAGAUGCUGAGUCAGAUGGACCUGGACCCGGACCAGGACGAGACUCUGGUCUCGGAGCUGGAGAGCAGGGCGCUGCAGGAGCAUCUCAAGUCCGUGGUCAGAGACGUUCACGUCGCCAUCGACCAGCUGCUGUCUCUGUGCCUGCUCUCCUUCGAGUGCCUCAACACGGCGCCCUCCAAAGACCUGUGUCUGGCCAGCAUCGAGGAGGUCUUCUUCACGCCGCUGUGGGGCGCCCUGCUGGCUCUCUUCAGGAAGGUCCACCACGAGCGGGAGCUGGCCUGCGACGCCGCCAUGACGCUCUACUGCCACGCCUCCCCCGUGGACCUCGGGGUGCCCGCCAAGCUGGCGCCCCCCGACGCCGGCGCGCGGCCGUACGAGUGUGCUGUGCAGGAGCUGAAGCAGCUGGUCCAGGACUGCUGCCCGCAGAGGAAGCUGGACUGCAUCGUCCGGACGCUCCGCCUCAUCUGCGCCUGCGCUGAAGACUACCGCGCCCUCCACGAGUCCCAGUCGCCACACACCACGGCCGCCAUCGGCGCCGACGACCUGCUGCCCAUCUUGUCCUUUGUGGUCCUGAGGAGCGGGACCCCGGCGCUGGUGUCGGAGUGCGCCGCCCUGGAGGAGUUCAUCCACGAAGGCGUCCUGAUCGGGGAGGAGGGCUACUGCCUGACGUCCCUGCAGAGCGCGCUCACCUACGUGGAGUCGCUGCAGGGCGCCGCCCGGGGCCGCCGCUGACUCCGGCCCGUCCUCUGUCUCCAGCUGCUCCACAACCAGAUAUUUUAGUGAAAACAAGGUGAAAGCGUUGCUUCCUGCGCCGAGCGUGGCUCACAUGACCCGCUGGCUGGCAGGACGCCGCCCACGUGAAGAAGAUUUUAGCUCCACCUGCGACUCGAGCCCCGCACCAGCACUUUUAUCCCAGUGGGACUCCGGCGCUCCGCCCCCUGUGGGUGGCUUUUAACGGUGCAGCUGAAGAGGAUCCUGAGAAUUUCAAACCGGCGCCUGACGAUGGGUGGAGCAGCGCCGUCAGGCCACUUUGUUGUGAGGAAUCAAUAAAGCGCAAACCUUUCAUGUCCCGCCUCCAGUCUUGGUUCCGCGGGCCCCGGCGUCUUGGUUUCAGGUCCGUUCCAGAGCCCGUGAGAGAAGUUUUCCCUCUGGCUCCGAGGGUCCCGGCUCUCUGU